CGUUCCAAACUGCGCCUCUCCCACCUUUUCUCUCGCCGACUCCUCCAUCUCUCCCACACUCGCCACUCCAACUUCCUGGGGGAAGAUCAAACGAGCUGGAGAAAACAAACAGGUCACGCUUUCAUCCUUCAGCUGCGGACGGCCUCACUGGGUGAUUGGCAUUCCUGUCAUGGCUGAGGGUGUCAUGUUUCUUUUUUUCCAGACGCCGCAUUGAUACAAGUUGCAACGCACUACGCACGAUCGCGAUCACAUGCAAAGUCCCGCGUUUUGCCCUUGAUGCUUUGGGUUCCUGACCAGCACCGCAGACCCUGCGCUGGCACCUGGCAUGCCUCCCCUGCUGUUCUCGGUUCUUGAUCCUAGCCUUCACCGCCACCAUUCCCCCUUCGGUCGAGGGGUCCAUGCCCAACCAGCGAGUCCUGUUCCCGUAUCCCUUUCAAUACCAUCGAACGAGAUGCACGGCUGCUGCUGCACGAUCGGCUCCAACCGACCCGCACGUCCGCCCUGAGAGAACCUGCGGACGAGCAUGUGUUCCGAAGCAAAUUCUUUUGCACAUGCGUCUCGCAACCUUUUGCCGACAUUUCGCCAAUGCCGUACUUGCGGUCAGCUCGGACCGUCUUUGUCUGCCACUUGACAGUCGGAGGGAAAAGAGUCCAAAGCAUCCAGACCUCGAGGCCGCCGUUCCUGAUUGGAGGCCCAAACUUCUCUCGACUACCCCUCAGACGUCACUGUGAGAUUUUCGAGAUCACUCGGACACACCGUCCGUCUCCAUUAAUAUCAAUCUCCGCAUCAAUCACAAACGAAUCAUCCGAUUGCAAGUUGGGCAGCUGCGUCUUCUGGAGCUCUUGUAUGCUUGCCUAGGCUGCUAGGGCCACCUUCAACGGUCUCUCC